UUUAAGAAAGUUUGAGGAUUUGUCUGAACUAGCAGCCUGAAAAGUAAGAGCCGGUAGCAAGUGAGCACCUGAUAGCUUGCUGCAGGGCUGCCUUGCCUGGCGUGCUCUGAAAUUGCUCUGGGUGUGUGUGGUUGAGUAUGUCUGUGUGGGAAGCAAGCCCAGUGUCCCCACAUCUUGCAGUGGGGUUAAACAUCUCCACUUCAACUGAGCGAUCUGCCUUGUGUCCAGGAGCUGCUGUUCUUGCCACUGCUCUGUGGGAGCUCUGAGCCAUGCACAGUGCUGCUGGAGCACCUCAGCCUUCCUGUGUGUUGGUGGCUUCCAGGCUUUGUACGGCUGCAGCUGCACCUUUCACUUGGAUGUGUGGCAGCCACAGCCCCUUCCUCAAGUUAGGAAUCCUCCUACCAGUAUCAGUGCAUGGGAGGAAGUGCAGUGACAGCAGACAGCAGUGACAUGUUUCAGAGGUGACUUUUUGUAGAACAGCUGCGACCACUGUGCAGGACAACUCCUGGGCUCUAGAAGUACACAGACUGCUGAGAGAUGAUGAUACACAACAGAUGCAGAAAAGAAUGACAUGAGGCCUCCUCCAGCUGUACCCUUGACUCGCCCUGCCCAGCAGAAGCACUGCCUACUGGCCAGAAGAAUCACCCAGCUCCUGUGCAGCCGUGCUAUUCUUUGGGAGCAGAGCUGGGAUGGGGCACGCCGGGACAUAAAGUGACUGAGGAGCCCCCCUUGCUGUUGUCCGGUGCCAUGAGUGGGAUAUUUGCCUGGAAGACUGGAAAGAUGGUAAAUACAUAUGAAAAUUCUCAUUGCAGCUGCACAGUAUCUGAUUUUGCUGAUGACUGACUGCUAUUUGCACAGCAUUUUUCUCGAGAAUUAGCAGUUAGCUGCCCCGGAUAGAGGUGAAUUGGAUGGCUGAAGCAUUCCAACAACUGGCAGCCAGGACAGGUUGCUCUGUGCGAGAAGCCCUGGGUGCUUCACUGUGUGCCUGUGGGGCCCCAUGGAUGCGUGCUGCUCUCGUCCAUUCCACGUGCCAGCAGGCGCUCUGCAGGCUGUGCUGUCUGGCAUCACAUGGCUUCUGUGCUUUGUGUGUCAGGUUGCCUUGCCUGCUUUUCUGUGUGUUCUUCCUGAGUUUGGCUGCUUCACGUGUUGCUUUUUUGCGUUUUUUGCCAUGUGGGCCUUGGCCGGGGGCUGCCUGCAGCCUGUGCUGGUGCGUGCGUGCUGCACGUGCCUGGUCCCGGGGUGAGAGCCGGCACGGAGCGCGGCAUGUGGCGGAGCUGCGGACCGUCAGCGUGAAGCGGAGCAUCCUGUGUGAGUGCUCGUUAACCGGGGCUGUGCCUGCUGCAUUUACGGAGUUGUACUGGCAAACAAGAAACAAUAAAAGUUUCUUUUACGGGCACAAAAAGGCUCUUUGUCUUCCAAAUGAAACCCAAACAACAGUUCGAGUUUCGCUCUCUAAAGCAUCUGUUUAUUAACAGAGAAGCCUGCCACGUGCCGCUCACGUCGCCCAUCCCCGGCUGCGGGCGGACGGAGCCGUUCCUCUUUCGCUUCCGGAACGCGCUGUUCUGCGCCGACUCGGAGCGUUUCCGCCCGGGGGACGCGUAAGCGCACGGACCUUCCGCCCCGCCACCGCCGCAAUGGCCGCCGGGCUGCUGCUGCUGCGGGUCUCCCGGCGGCUGCUGGCCGCGGCCGGGACGGGGCGGCUCCUUUCGGACUCCGCGCCGCACCGCGAGAAGAAGCGCUGGCUCCGCGCCUACCUGGAGCAGCAGCGGCUGCGGGCGGCCCCGCGGCGGCGCUCGGAGCAGCCCGGCUGGGAUUACCACGCGGAGAUCCAGGCGUUCGGCCACCGCCUGCGGGAAAACUUCUCGUUAGAUCUCCUCAAAACCGCCUUCGUGAAUUCCUGUUACAUUAAAAGCGAGGAGGCGAAGCGCCGGGACCUCGGCGUAGACAAAGACGCCGUCGCCCUCAACCUCCGAGACAACGCGGAGCUUUCCGCCCGAGGGAUGUCGUUUUCGCGUUCCUACCUGACGCGCAGCUUCCAGGCCGCCUACCCCCGCCUGCCCGCCCCGGGGGUGGCGGCGCUCGUUGCCUUCCUGACCGGGCGGCAGCUCGUGUCCCACGUGGCGCACAACCUGGCGCUGUCCGACCUGGCGCUCUGCGCGCAGUUCCCCGCGCCGCCGGCCGUGCUGCACGCCACGUUCUUCGCGGUGGUGGGAGCGCUGCUGGGCAGCAGCGGGCCCGAGAGAGCCGGGCUCUUCGUCAGGGAUUUUUUAAUUCCCCAACUGAUUGGAAAAGAUCUGUUUGAGGUCUGGGAAGUUGUAAAUCCUAUGGGCUUGCUGGUGGAAGAGUUGGCCAAGAGAAAUAUCUCUGCUCCAGAACCAAGAAUUACCAGACAGCUGGGGGUCAACACAGUUCUGCCACUGUACUUCGUUGGGCUGUACUGUGAUAAGAAGAUAAUAGCUGAAGGGCCUGGGGAAACACUACUUGCUGCAGAGGAAGAAGCUGCCCGCGUGGCGCUGCGGAAGCUGUAUGGGUACACUGAGAACAGGAGGCCGUGGGAUUACUCGAAACCCAAAGAAGGAUGGACAGCUGAAAAGGCUAUCAGCAGUAACUAGAUGAUAAAAGCUAUUUCCAGUUUCUCUUAAGAAUGAAUGGCUUCCAUGCUGAACAUAGACGCCUUUAGGAGAGCAAAGUUCAGUUUGAUUUUCUGAUCUUAAUUUUUUGGAAUUUUCAAAUUAAAUAUGGUUAUAAAAUAA